AUGGACGUCAUUGACAAAAUAACAAAGUAUUUGGAGACCUGGACCAAGGGAGGGGAGGCUGAAUGUCGCAAUUUUCUUGUUGCUCUGCAUUCGAGCCCGGUCAAUCCCAACGAUGCAGUGACAUUGAAUUCUGCGUAUCAGAAGCUGAUAUUCUCUGUCCUGAAGACCUGGUCCUCAAAACCUCCACUUACUCCGCACGCCGUGACUAAUCUCGUGCAGUCCGUUCUCCUUUCUCUCCCGUCCUCAUCUGCCCAACGCGGACGUUCAACAAACAACGAUGCCUACGGAGAGAUGUUUGUCGAUCUCAUUUGGUCCAUUGAUGCUCAUCUCGACGAGCUAUUGACGGAUUCAAAAACCGUUCUUGCAACUCCCGACCCUCCGCCCGCAGGGCAAGAGUCCAAGGAUGCCUCCAGAGCCUCACAAACGAAGCAAUCGUUGGAACAUGACAAGGAGAUACUAACAGACAUCGUUAGAAGGUUUUUGUCUGCAAACAUAAUCGAUAUUGCGUUGUGCAGAGAGCGACUCGACGUUUCACUCCUUGCCAGUAUUGGUCUCAUUACUGACAGGUCUGCGUUCGACAAGAAGGAAAUACGGACUCGGACCGGGUUGUUCUACAAACAAAAUAAGUUCAACCUGCUUCGCGAGCAGACGGAGGGCUACAGUAAGCUCACCGUGGAAAUAACAAGUUCUCUGGGUCCUUCGCAUUCUUCACUCGACGCUCGACCCACGGAGAGCUUUGCGUCUAUACAGGAGCGGGCCCGCGCAGUAUGGGCAAAGGUGAUGAGUCUCAUAGGCUAUUUCGACCUAGAUCCAAACCGUGCCCUCGAUAUCAUUUUGGACGUUCUCACCGUAAAUUUGGCGACACAUUAUCAUUUUUUCCUUUCGCUGCUGUCGUUCUCGCCAUGGGUAGGCUCUUAUAAGCGACCCACUGAUGCGAAGCUGGAGGCGACCAUAGCAGUCAACCCGGUCCCUGACUUGUAUACAGGAAAGACCUUCGAUGAAGUGUUGAGGAUAGCGGAAUCGUUAUUGCCAGGCCAUACCGGUUCAGAAUGUGACACGGACAAAUCAGGCUCGCAGGUGUUGGCGCAGGUUCUUGGAUUCAAGUUUGCUCACUAUCAGUGUCCGGAUGCCAAUGAGCAGUCGCAACGGAAUGUAUACCUCACAGCUGCCAUCCUUAUUCGCGAGGGAUUCAUUACAUUGGAUGACCUCUAUCCUCAUUUGUCGCCUCCAGAUGCAGAUAUGGAAUCAUACAGACGGGAUUACCUCGAUCAGGUACAAGAACGUAUUUCGACGGCCAAGGUAACUCAAUUGGCAAUGGCCGGGCCAUUAGAGUCUGCAAACUCUGGACAGAAACCACGUGCAGAGGCUCCAGAGGAAACGAAGGAAAUACCGGUUUUCAAAGCACCAAACCAGAGAGCUGGCCUCGCCAGUGCUCUACUCGCUGUCGGGGCGCUGCGGCCCGCCGUAGCUAUUCUGACGAGGUUUCCUUGGCUAGUUGAUGCCCAUGUAGAGAUUGCGGAUAUCAUGCUCAGGAUCCUCAAGCACUCGAUUGCUCCCGUCUAUGACUCAACCUUCGUAUUGAAGGAGCGGAACCUCAGCUUCACUCGGGCUCGCGCAAGGUUUGGCCCUAAUGGUGUGAUCCAACUUCCCACUCGCAAGCCCCAGCUCACUUUAACCGCACCAACACCUCCGAGUACUGCUUCCACGGACUUUGUGUUCUUCUUCCCUGAUUGGUCUGAGCGAGUUCCGAUGUCGACUACUCACAGUGACCUAAUUGAUAUCAUUGAACCUCUCAUGAGCUUCAUUGGGCCACAUAUUGCCCGCGAUCCGUUGUUUGUGUCCAAAGUGACCCGCCUUGGACGGUCUCAGCUGAUGGCAACUGUACCACUAGAUCCAGUGACGAAGAAGCCAUCCACGGAACCUGACUCCAAUCACCCUGUGCGCCUUUUUUGGUACAAGAUGCUGAGGAAGUACUUCCUUCCCGCCCUCCCACUCAUUCGAGGUAACGCCGUGUGUACGGUGGAGAUUUGGAACGUUAUUCGUCAAUACGAAACAACCUCUCGCUGGAGGCUUUAUGGAGAAUGGAGGCAAAAGACGUAUAAUUCGCACCCCGAAUUGCGUAUACGACAGGUGCAAGCAGAUCGCGAGUCGAAAGGUAUCUUGAGGCGGCUGUCUCACAAUACAAUUGACACCCUUUCUGGCACCGUUGCCAAAUUGGUACACUCUAACCCCGCAAUUUUCUUCACAAACGUUGUAAACCAGAUCAUGGCGUACGACAACCUCGCGAGUGUGGUUAUUCAGGCCCUUAGAUAUGUCACAAACAUGGGUUUUGAUGUAUUGGUAUUUGUAAUUUUGGACGCGCUAUCGAAUCCGCACAAGAACCGGGUGAAGGACGAUGGAGUGAAUAUUUCGGACUGGUUGCAAAGCCUUGCAUCAUUCACGGGUAUGCUGUUCCGCCGGUACAGCGCCGACCUAUCUCCGUUGUUGAAAUAUGUCGUGCACCAGUUGUACAAUGGUCAAACAACGGACAUAGUCGUGCUGAAGGAGCUUAUUUGGAAAAUGGCAGGUAUCGAGCCGCUGCCGAGCCUCUCGGACUCGCAGAUUUCUGCCAUGGCUGGUGGUCCGGCUCUGCGUAUCGAAGCGGUUGCCUCAACAACUCGAGGCGCCCGCUUGGAUCCUAGCGAUGCGGUCUUAAAGGGUCCUCAUCGUUUGGGGAAGACGCUAUUAGAGAACAACCUCGCAUUGCCGCUUUUGAUUCAAGUCGCUCAACAACGCCAGUCUUGCGUGUUCCGGGCUCCGGAUGCCCAUCUGAAGUCUCUCGCAAGCCUGUUCGACACUAUCCAUGGGGUACUGCUACAAUAUUUGGAGCUUCUUACCUCUCCCUCUGUGAUCACUCCCGAGGACUAUGCGAAGAAGAUUCUUCCACCGCUGGCUGAACUUGGGGAGUUGUAUGGGAUUUCUGCCCCGAUCUGCAUGCAGAUUAUCAGGCCAAUGCUCAAUCACGCUCUUUUGAAAACUGCGUUGUCGAUACAGGAGAAAGAACGUGCUGCAAACGAAGAGGCCGAGAAACGGCUCAAGGCUCAUCUCACAGCCGCCAAGCGUGACCCUUCCGCGACUCCCCGACUAGAUACACCUAAUGGGACAAACACCUCACGAGACUCCCAUGACCAGAAGGUUUCAUCAAGGGCUAGUCGUGGAGAGGAUUCUGCGAUGGAGCUCGAGACAGAUACUACGAUUCCCACAGCCGAGAGUCCAUGGAUUCCAGAGCUCGAAGCACUAUUUGACGACGUUAGGAAAAUCGCGAAGAGCAAUGCCAUAGAUGUCAUUGGUCCUGCCUUCUAUCUUACUUUCUGGCAAUUGUCAAUGUACGACCUUGUUCCACCAGCCUCGCGAUACGACGAAGAAUGUGCUGCUCUCCGAACCUUAAGUCAUCAGGAAGAUCACAAGUACAUUCAUGCCGAUCGUUCGACUGACAGGGCAAAGCGGCUUAGCGCUAGUGCGCACCGAGCCAGGCGCGAUCGAUACACUUCCUUUGUCAAUACGCUUGCGCAGGAAUUCAAAGAGCAGUUGGACUCGAGAUCCUUCACACUGAAGCGUCUAGCACGGGAGAAACAGCACUGGUUUGCUCACGUCGAACACCGGUCCGCUGUGCUGGCUUCUGCGAUCAUCGAGCAUUGCAUCCAACCAAGGUGCCUCUUGUCGCCUAUGGACGCCGAUUACUGUGCCCAGAUUAUAAAAGUGAUACACACUCAAGGCACUCCCGGUUUUCCGACGCUCAUGGUUUACGACAAGUUACUCGGCGAUCAUGUGAAGGCCGUGAUUUUCUCUUGUAGUGAAUACGAAGCCAAAAAUUAUGGUCGAUUCCUGCUAAGUCUCCUUGCUGACCUGUGGAAAUGGGCACAGGACGAGCAGCUUUACGUCCAAGACAACAGGACGAAGAUAGCUGGCAGAGCGGUUCUUCUUCCCGGUUUCCAACCCCGCUGGACAAACAAAGAUCUUGCGGACAUCCGACCCGACGAUGUUUUGAAUUGGAUUAGCUUCAAGCAAAUCCUGCGCAAGUGGCACAGGAAGCUAGGAAGAAGCCUCUGCAGUUGUAUCGAAACGGGGGAAUUUAUGCAUGUCUACAAUACCAUUAUCGUCUUGAAGGAAAUACUCCCUGUCUUUCCGAUGGCCGCUAGUAGCGAUUACGGACCCGUGAUCGAUGCAAUGGUUGAAAAACUAGUGGAAAGUGAGGAACGUGGAGACCUGAAGAUUCUGGGCAGAGCUUACUCUGCUGCGUUGAAGAAACGUGAACCUCUGUGGGCAGUGCCAAGACCGGUUCCAAAGCAAAACGGUGUUACAGCGUCGCCGAAACCUGCUACACAGCUGCCUGACAAACCACGUGCAACUCAAGCAACUAGCACUGCUACCGCUCCAGCUUCGACGACCGACACUCGUCGUGAUGGUCCCAUUGCCACUCCGAAUAUACCAACUGCACCCAGGGCCCAGGCUGUCAAUGGAUCAUCUCAGAUGGUUCAUGACAGGCCUUCCACUCCUGCUAAUUCAACCAAGUCGGCGAUGGAUAGUAUACCUCGGCCUGAAAAGGUCAAACGGGUAAGGACAGAGAAGGACAGCCAGUCCCCAGCGCCCGAGAAUGAAGUGAAACCAGCUACGAAGUCAGACAGCAUGGACGUAGAUGCUGUGUCUGCACCGAAGGAAGACAGGGUAUCUCAAGCUCAGCAACCUGACUUGGCACGUUUGGGAGCCCGUCCUUCCACUGGCCCUGGCCAGCCUUCGCUUCCUGGAACCCCCACUGACACGCGGGUGCCAACCCCAACUCCACCGUCCAGACCUAGUAGAAUGGCACCCCCAAGUGCAGUGCCAAGCCCCCGAGAAUCACCUGGGGAAUCGAUGCCACCUCCCAUUGCUCCAAGUCAAACGUUGUCGGCUCAAGAACUUCGCGAAACUGCGAAGCAAACUAUGGGUCAGCGCUCCUCCGAAAGGCCUGAUGGUGACCGUAAGCCAGUGGAAUCGCGUAGUCAGCCUGGCUCGAAGGGAUCAUCACCGCUGCCGCACCAUCGUUCGUCAUCUCCUGUUCCCCGUGCAGGAACAAGAAACCACAGUCAAGAAAGUCGAACGAGUGGUGGACGUCCUUCAGAUCGUGGAGAUAUGGAUCGUGGUGAGGAAAGGUCGUCUGACAGAGAACCGCGACAGGAACCUCGUGGGAUGUCUCGAAGGGACAAUGGAGCACUCACUAUGUCACGUGGGGAGAGGAAUACCAGGGCUCGUGAAAGUGAUCGGGACAGGGAAAGCGACCGCGAACGUGACAGAGAGCGGACGCGCGAUAGACAUGGCGACCGUGAUCGGGAGCGUGACAAGGAGCGAGAGAAGGAAAGAGAUCGGGAGAAGGACCGUGAGCGACGCGAACGCGACAGGGAACGCGACAGGGAUCGUGACCGGGAUCGUGAUCGACACCGUCGGGAUGAUAAAGAUCGUGACCGUGAAUCGAGGAAGGAGCGUGAUGGGUCAGGUCGUAUGAUCAUACCUACCGGCCCCACUUCAGCACCGGAAGGUCGAGCCGUUCCGACUCGCCCUGAUCCAAUCCGACAUCGGAGCACGGCACAGCCAAGUGAUGACGCACUCGGUAAAAGGCGACGACCCACUGAUGAUGAGCAUCGAUGGCAGGCUGACAGGACGUCCAAGCGGAGCUCCCGGAAAGAUAGUCACAGGGAAGAUCGUAGUCGACGCUCCGAAAAGGAAAGUCAUGACCGAGGUAGGGAAUCAGAUAGACGCCGGACGGAGCGUGAACCAUCAGACGGUGAUUCUCGUCCACCUCCCGCAGACAAGCCUAUUGAGAAACGAAUACCAGACGGCCCGAAAAACCUCCCGCCUACGACGCCCUCUGCACCAAGAGCCAUGUCAGCCGCAGACCCGUCUAGGAGUGGCGGCAAGGGUGAUAUUCCCAGCCGAUCAGGUGGUGACUGGAAGAGUCAGCGUGACCACUCCACCAGCUUUCAAGGAGGACCUGGUUCAGGGAGCAAUGUGUCGGACAUGCCACCCAGCUUACGUUCGCGGAUAGGCGAGAAAGAGGCUCCUCGUUCGGUUCCACCCACGGGCCUUUACCGUUCUUCCGAGCUUCCCCCUAGGGAUGAUGACCGUGAUAAUAGGAAGCGUACUCUAGCAGAACGUGACAAGGAGAUGGGUGACCCAAAUUCAGUGCCAGGUGACAUAUCGUCACAGCCACUGAAAAGACCGAAAAUCAAUCGUCACCGAUACACCCCUGUCCAUGGCGGGUUAGCCAGAAGGACGCUUCCAAUUGACCCUCAAGCAGGUGAUAAGUCACGACCCGGGAGAAAGGACCAAUGAGUGCUCGUGAUGUUAAGCUGUGCCACUGCCAAUUGUGUCUUUAAUUUUUCAGGAUAUCAUUACAUUGCCUACGAAAUCUUUUCCGGAUAUCAUUACAUUUCCUACCAGCUCUUUUCUGGUAAUCGGUGCCCUGACAGUUUGAUCCCAGCCCACUCUCCACCCAUGUGAAUUAUGAGAUAAUAAAGUUAGCGCGAGUUGAAUCGAUUAUACGAGUUGAAUCGCCCAGGGUUGGUGGGAUUACUUCUUUAUUAGCGUAAGGAACUC